CUGAAGAACUGGGCUUGGUCCAAUUUUUUUUUUUCUUGGAUGGGAAGGGAAUAGAAAGAUUACUGAAGUUUAGGAUCCAUUUUUUAUAAAUCUGCCUUUCUAUAGAUGUAUGGAGCUUGGAAAGCAGUGACUUACUUUUUUUUUUUUCCUAACAGAAGCAAGAAGUUCAGCUGGGUGGAAACAAUGUCCUUAGCAAUUCUUCUUUCCUGGUUGGUGUUUCUCCAACUCACAGAAUCCUGCAAAACCCAAUGCCAGGUUGUUAAUAAAGACAAGGUACAGAUGACUAACAAAACACAAGAUUGUAAAGUCCCUUGUAUUGAAAAUUCCCACUGCUUUAAGAACUGUUCUGCAAAGAUGGAGGGGAACAUAGGGUUUUUAUGCAAGAAUAAAAAAUGGCAGAAAUCCACAGAUACUUGCAGAACUCUUAAUGUCUUCAGCAUUUUUGAGGAUCCAAUCACCAACAUCUAUAUAAAUACACCUUCGAUAAAAGAAAAUUAUCGAACAAUUACUGAUGGUGUGAUACACAGAUGUCCAAAGGAUUUCUCUUGUAUACUUAAAGGCAUUCAAAAUUCUCCGCAAAUACCAGGAAACAUUGAGAUCAUUGUGGAGUUGUUGCAUAAUAUUUCAAGAGUGUUGUCUGAAGAUGUUGAUGAAGUUAAGAUGCAGAGCUACAGCAUCAUAGCAAAUCAUAUUCUGGACAGUAGAAGCAUCUCACUCUGGACCUUCAUUCCUGAAAGAAGCAGUUGCUCUAUCCUGUUGCAGUCAAUGAUUUCAUUUGUGAAGAACUUUUUCCUAAGAAAGCGUUCUCUUGACAUCUCAGAAGAAUUCAUUCACAUUCUGGGUAUCAACAUAUCAAAAGAUGCCCCCAAAGAAAUUCUGAGUUUUUCCAUGAAGGUGAAUGACACUGACGAUAAAGUCACUGGCAUGGUGCUUCUCCCACAGGAAGAGCUUCAGAAGCUGCCCUCAUCUUCCCAAGCCAUUAGUAUUGCCUUCCCCACACUAGGGGCCAUCUUGGAAGCCACCUUUUUUGAAAAUGUCACUGUGAAUGGGCUCAUUCUGUCUGUCAUCUUGCCCAAGGAAUUCCAAAAGGUCUCACUGGUUUUUGAGAAGAUCAACAAAUCUAGAAAUGGCAGAACCCAGUGUGUUGGUUGGCACCCGACAGAAAAUAAGUGGGAUGAGGAAGCCUGUGAAAUGGCCCUGGACAGCUUGAACCAGACUCUUUGUAGUUGUCACUCGAGCAAGAGAUUUACUUCUUUCUCAAUUCUUAUGUCACCCCAUGUCCCUGAAAGCCCCAUUCUGCUUUACAUCAUGUAUAUUGGCUUGGGUAUCUCAAUUGGUAGCUUAAUUCUUUGCCUGGUUAUUGAGGUUAUAGUCUGGCACCAGGUAACAAAGACAGAGAUCUCAUACUUACGCCACAUUUGCAUUGUGAAUAUUGCUGCCACGCUUCUGAUGGCAGAUAUGGGCUUUAUUGUAGCUUCACUCUUUGGCAGUCUAGUGCAACACCAUAAUAGUUGCGUGGCUGUUGCCUUUUUUAUUCACUUUUUUUAUCUUUCUGUUUUUUUCUGGAUGCUUGUGAUGGCACUCCUCAUCCUUUAUGGAAUUGUGAUCGUUUUUCAUACUCUCCCAAAGUCUAUUGCAAUGACUUCUGCCUUCUCAGUAGGAUAUGGAUGCCCAUUGAUCAUUGCUGUCAUUACUCUUGCUGCCACCGAACCUGGCCAAGGCUAUGUGCGACCCAUGACCUGUUGGCUCAACUGGGAUAAUACCAAAGCCCUACUUGCCUUUGUGGUCCCAGCCUUGGCCAUCAUAGUAGUGAACUUGAUCACAGUAGGAAUAGUUAUUGUAAAGACUCAGAGACCUUCCAUUGGCAGCCCCAUAGCUCAAGAAAUGGCCACUAUAGUGAGAAUAAGUAAGAAUGUUGCCAUCCUCACACCAUUGCUGGGACUGACCUGGGGCUUUGGAAUAGCUAUAGUCAUAAAAAAAGAUUCUUUGGCAUUCCACAUCAUCUUCUCAUUACUUAAUGCUUUGCAGGGCUUCUUUAUCUUAGUGUUUGGAACAUUCCUGGAUCAGAAGAUAAGAGAUGCUUUAAAGGUCAGAAUGUCCUCUGUAAAAUGGCUGUCCAGACUAUCAGAGUUUUCUUCUGAAUCAUCACAUCAUCCCACCAAAGGGUCACACUAACUUGCCUACUACUGGAGAUAAAGAAGAUGAGACCCCAGAAAAUGGCCCUGGAGUAAUACCUUCAGCAUCAAUCAACAAAUUGCUGAAUGACUGGAGACUGAAUGUGUAGGAACAUCCUGUCCUUGUAUUGUUUUGCAUAUUUACCAUAUAUGCUGCAUAAUAAGCUUUUGCAGGAGAACCUACAUGACCAUGUGAACACCCACCAGAACUAUACCUUCAUCAAACAGCUGGAGUACAGAAAAUAAUUGGUGAAAAGUAUCAAGGACAGACUUCUAGAUUUUUUAUGGGAAUGCCUUAAUGGAAACAUUUCUUUGAUAAAACAGCCAAAUGUAACAGAAGAAAAACAGUUGGUAUUUUCUGCUCUGAGAUUAGUUUAUCUUGUAAGGCCCUUCAUCAACUGAGUAACCAGGACAAUGCUGAUGGAACAGGAUUUGAAUACAAGAUUUGAAAUUCUUACUGCUGUUCUCUUCAUUUAGAGAUCGCCUUACAUUUAUGUUGUAUAUGUCUUGUUACAUACACAGUUGUUUACGUGUUGUUUCGCCCAAUGUGAAUUCUUCAAAAACAGA